GCAAAGGCUAUUGCUGACAACAUGGGAGCUGUGACAGGCAGUCUGCGUUUUGUGGUGAUGGUUGAAAUCUUUAAAGUUUCUUGCUUCCCUGUUGAAAAGUCCUGGAAGGAAGAUGGAACCUCUAAGAGAUUUCUAGCUGUUGACUUGCCCGACGCCACCGGCGAAGAAGCCACGACCGGCUGUCUCGACACCACCGGCGAAGAAGCCACGACCGGCUGGCCCGACGCCACAGGCGAAGAUGCCACGACCGGCUGGCCCGACGCCACAGGCGAAGAUGCCACGACCGGCUGGCCCGACGCCACAGGCGAAGAAGCCACGACCGGCUGGCCCGACGCCACAGGCGAAGAAGCCACGACCGGCUGGCCCGACGCCACAGGCGAAGAAGCCACGACCGGCUGGCCCGACGCCACAGGCGAAGAAGCCACGACCGGCUGGCCCGACGCCACAGGCGAAGAAGCCACGACCGGCUGGCCCGACGCCACAGGCGAAGAAGCCACGACCGGCUGGCCCGACGCCACAGGCGAAGAAGCCACGACCGGCUGGCCCGACGCCACAGGCGAAGAAGCCACGACCGGCUGGCCCGACGCCACAGGCGAAGAAGCCACGACCGGCUGGCCCGACGCCACAGGCGAAGAAGCCACGACCGGCUGGCCCGACGCCACAGGCGAAGAAGCCACGACCGGCUGGCCCGACGCCACAGGCGAAGAAGCCACGACCGGCUGGCCCGACGCCACCGGCGAAGAAGCCACGACCGGCUACCCCGACAACAACAUUGAUGAAGCCACGACGGGCUGGCCUGUAGCCAUGACCAGCACCACAGGCACAGUAUUCAUGAAUGUCACAACUGACACUACCGACGCCACCAGCGCAGCAGUCCCGACCGACACCACCGGCGCAGUAUCCAUGAAAGUCAGAACUGACACGACCGACGCCACCAGCGCGGCAGCCACGACCGACGCCACCAGCGCGGCAGCCACGACCGACGCCACCAGCGCGGCAGCCACGACCGACGCCACCAGCGCGGCAGCCACGACCAAGGCCACCGGCACAGUAUCCAUGAAUGUCACAACCGAGGCCACCAGCGCAGCAGUCCCAACCGACACCACCAGCGCGGCAGCCACGACCGUCGCUACUGGCACAGUAUCCAUGAAUGUCACAACUGACGCCACCAGCGCAGCAGCCCCAACCGACACCACCAGCGUGGCAGCCACAACCAAUGCCACCAGCACAGUAUCCAUGAAUGUCACAACUGACACGACCGACGCCACCAGCGCGGCAGCAGCGACCGACGCCACCAGCGCGGCAGCCACGACCGACGCCACCAGCGCGGCAGCCACGACCAAGGCCACCGGCACAGUAUCCAUGAAUGUCACAACCGUGGCCACCAGCGCAGCAGUCCCAACCGACAUCACCAGCGCGGCAGCCACGACCGUCGCUACUGGCACAGUAUCCAUGAAUGUCACAACUGACACGACCGACGCCACCAGCGCGGCAGCCACGACCGACACCACUGACACAAUAUCCAUGAAUGUCACAACCGAGGCCACCAGUGCAGCAGCCCCAACCGACACCACCAGCGUGGCAGCCACAACCAAUGCCACCAGCACAGUAUCCAUGAAUGUCACAACUGACACGACCGACGCCACCAGCGCGGCAGCCACGACCGACGCCACUGACACAAUAUCCAUGAAUGUCACAACCGAGGCCACCAGUGCAGCAGCCCCAACCGACACCACCAGCGUGGCAGCCACAACCAAUGCCACCAGCACAGUAUCCAUGAAUGUCACAACUGACACGACCGACGGCACCAGCGUGGCAGCCACGACCGACGCCACCAGCGCGGCAGCCACGACCAAGGCCACCGGCACAGUAUCCAUGAAUGUCACAACCGAGGCCACCAGCGCAGCAGUCCCAACCGUCAUCACCAGCGCGGCAGCCACGACCGUCGCUACUGGCACAGUAUCCAUGAAUGUCACAACUGACACGACCGACGCCACCAGCGCGGCAGCCACGACCGACGCUACUUGCACAGUAUCCAUGAAUGUCACAACCGACGCCACCAGCGCAGCAGCCCCAACCGACACCACCAGCAUGGCAGCCACGACCAAUGCUACCAGCACAGUAUCCAUGAAUGUCACAACUGAUACGACCGACGGCACCAGCGCGGCAGCCACGACCGACACCACCAGCGCGGCAGCCACUACCAAGGCCACCGGCACAAUAUCCAUGAAUGUCACAACCGAGGCCACCAGCGCAGCAGUCCCAACCGACAUCACCAGCGCGGCAGCCACGACCGUCGCUACUGGCACAGUAUCCAUGAAUGUCACAACUGGCACGACCGACGCCACCAGCGCGGCAGCCACGACCGACGCCACUGACACAAUAUCCAUGAAUGUCACAACCGAGGCCACCAGUGCAGCAGCCCCAACCGACACCACCAGCGUGGCAGCCACAACCAAUGCCACCAGCACAGUAUCCAUGAAUGUCACAACUGCCACAACCGACGCCAACAGCGCGGCAGCCACGACCGACGCCACUGACACAAUAUCCAUGAAUGUCACAACCGAGGCCACCAGUGCAGCAGCCCCAACCGACACCACCAGCGUGGCAGCCACAACCAAUGCCACCAGCACAGUAUCCAUGAAUGUCACAACUGCCACGACCGACGGCACCAGCGUGGCAGCCACGACCAACGCCACCAGCGCGGCAGCCACGACCAAGGCCACCGGCACAGUAUCCAUGAAUGUCACAACUGAGGCCACCAGCGCAGCAGUCCCAACCGUCAUCACCAGCGCGGCAGCCACGACCGUCGCUACUGGCACACGCAGCAGCCCCAACCGACACCACCAGCGCGGCAGCCACGACUGA